GAGGCCUGGGCCGGCCGCCGGGCCCCUUGUCGCCGGGCCUGUUGACGACGACGCUCCCGCGGGGGCCCCGCCUGAGGAGGACGCGGCGGCGGCGGCCGGGCCGCGGGAGGCCGCGGGGGAUGGAGGAGCGGAAGGAGGAGGGCGAGGCGGAGAUUCAGGAGCACGGGCCCGAGCACUGGUUCUCCAAGUGGGAGCGGCAGUGCCUGGCCGAGGCCGAGCAGGACGAGCAGCUGUCCCCCGAGCUGCAGGAGGAGGCGGCGGCCGCCGCGCAGCCCGAGCACAAGCAGCAGAAGCUGUGGCAUCUCUUCCAGAACUCGGCCACUGCCGUGGCUCAGCUCUACAAAGACCGAGUGUGUCAGCAGCCAGGACUGUCUCUCUGGGUCCCCUUCCAAAACGCAGCCACCGCCGUCACCAACCUCUACAAAGAAAGCGUGGAUACCCAUCAGCGAAGUUUUGAUAUUGGAAUUCAGAUUGGCUAUCAGCGACGCAAUAAGGAUGUGCUAGCCUGGGUUAAAAAGCGCAGAAGAACUAUUCGUAGAGAAGAUUUGAUCAGCUUCCUGUGUGGAAAGGUUCCUCCACCACGAAACUCUAGAGCUCCCCCAAGACUGACUGUAGUGUCCCCUAACCGAGCUACUUCAACGGAAACUAGCUCAUCUGUAGAGACUGAUUUGCAACCCUUCCGGGAAGCCAUAGCUCUGCAUGGUCUUAGUGGUGCAAUGGCUAGUAUAAGCGUGCGUUCGAGUACCCCAGGCUCUCCUACACAUGUAAGCAGUGGACCGAAUGCUAGUCGAAGGAGAAAUGGACUCCAUGAUGUCGAUUUGAACACUUUCAUAACAGAAGAAAUGGCACUCCACUUGGACAAUGGUGGAACUAGAAAGCGUACCUCAGCCCAGUGUGGCGAUGUCAUUACAGACUCACCAACUCAUAAACGCAACAGAAUGCUCUAAACUGCAGACAUUUUCACACCCACCAUGCUGCUUGAAAGCCACUCGAUCCUCAACAUAUACUAUUAUUGCAAAGGAAACAUGAGGCCAUCUUCCCUUGUUCACUGUUUAAGACAAGUGAAUUCUCUAUUGGUUGCCAUAAAAGGAAGUUUUAGGUAUUUACAGUAGAUGCCUCCUGUAACUAUGGCUUUCUCAAACUAUAAUCCUAGCAGAGGACAUGAGAUAAUUGUGUAGUCAUUAGCAAGAUCAUCAUAGGCAAACAUAUAUCCGUUCCAAGGCUAAAAGUGACCUUAACUGUAUUUAUUCUCAAAGGGAAAGGAAAUAUCAGAUGUUUAUUUGGUUAUAGAAUGCUUUCUUAUUUUUAUUUUUUGGUCCAUUUCCUGCUGUGUUGAGUAUUUUUGCUUAAACAGUAUUGCCAGGUUCCUACAAUUGUCUAAAACCUUGAUCUGGCUUGUAAGCUAGAUCUGCAGGCUUCCAUUUUUGCAGCCACAUUGAACCACACACCUGGUUUCCUUAGUGAUAGCGUGCAAUUUCUGAUGAUCAGAUUAUGCCCAGUUUUCAGUUUUCGAAACAGUUCUAACUCUGGUGAUUGUGAGAUGUAAAGAGGUGCUAUGAUGGUCAUGCAAGUAAUACUUAAUACUGAAUCAAUACACAGAACUUUAUUGGA